AUGAUACUGACAGUCAGAAAGAAACAUGAGAUCACCACCAUUUCGACAUCUCCAGUCGUGAAUUUUGAGUCGAUGCAUCCUUUAGCAGUUAGCUCCCAGAUAGUUCCAGAAUUCAGUUUCGAAACCUAUAGAUCACUCACCCCAAUUGAAGACAACGAUAAUGAGCAGAGUGGAGCAUUGACAUUUAAUCAACUUUCAUCAAAUGAUAAACUGGAAAGAGGCGAACCACGAGAAGAAGAAGAAAGAGACGAUGAGGAAGAAGACGAUGAUGAGGAUUCACGAUCACCGAUUGCUGCGUUAGAAGAUGAAGAAGAGGAUGAUGAUGAUGCUGAAAGUGUCUUUGAUAAGAGUAAUAUACCACCGCCGUCUGCCAAGUUUAUGAAUUGCUGUAUUAAUGCGAAUCUCACCGAUGACAUUGCAGUCGCUUCAUGGGACAUCUACUACCAUGCGUCUCAACGAGCUGCUCUUGAGGGUUCCGAAUCCGCUUGGCAACUCUCUGCAAUCUACUACUACCUACUGUCACGUGGCAUAAAAAGACGAGGAAAACCGGCACGUCUUCUCACUCAACGAAUGCCCGUAUCCAUACUCACAAUUGCUAAUACGUUUGAUGUUUCCAUCGCUGAACUAAUGGACAAAACCGUUCGAUUCGCUGAAAUAAUUCACUCGAGAAAGAUGCGUCGAUACUUGGAUUAUUUGCGACGAAUUCAGGAAGGACUCGCCGUGUCUUGUGUCAUUUUCAAAAAGUUCUGUAAAGUAUACAAUGGAAUUUUCGAACAACUCAAAGAAGGAACCGAUAGUUGUCCAUCGUCCCACGAGUUAUUCACGGUUAUAUGGACAUCGUUUCUGGUGAUUAAGAGUCGAUUGCAAACUGAUGAUUUGGUUAAUAAUUAUCAGUUAUUAUUCUGCAUGAUUGAUCAAAUUUAUACUAAGAUGAGUUUGAUGGAAGAAGGAAUUAUUCACCAUUUGAAUCAAAAGUUCGUGGGAAGUCUGAUUGACAAUGACUCGACGAUUCUUCGUGCUCUCUGUACACAGUUCGGUGGAUGUAUUCUCGAUACGAGACACUUCUAUGACCACACUUAUAAGAAAAUGAAGAAAACGGGGGUGCCGGAGUCUUGGGACUUUUUGGAAGAUCGAGACAUGAUUAUAAAUGUUCCUAAACUCGCAUACGACCAAUAUGUCUUGCAACGUGGAAAUAUCGAUGAGCGUGUCUUCAUUCCAACACAUAACAGAUUUCCGACAAUUUUUAAGGAAGAUUUUAUUUCUGCAAGUGUUCUCAAAAAAUCAUUCUCUGGACGUCCGUUCAGAGACGCUGAGUUCUUGAGUACAAUCUCCAGUAAUCAGUGUCUCGAAAAAAUUGCUCAUGGGAAAACGGCAGCCGAAAAGGUGUCACAAUCCAAAGAGCGACCGAAAGUACCGUGUGCUGAGUAUAGUUUGGAACUUGGAAAAUAUUCGGAUGAGGACGAAGCAGAAGAGGUUCAUAAGAGAUUGGUACGAAUUAUUGGAAACUGGAAUUUAGAUACAUCGAAGCUUCAAGAAGCAUGCGAGCGAAUGUCAGACAACCCGAUGGCGACAAUCCUUCUGAAAUGCGAUGAAUUGACAUCGAAAUUCGAACGGACGGUGGGCGCAGAACAUGGAGAGACCAAUGAUUCAUCCAUGUUGAGCAAAUUUCAUAAACAGCUUCGCAACGAAUUGGAGAAAAGUUUUCUAAUUUUUAUAGAGAAAAUCAUAGUGACUGAAGUGAAGAAAAAAGUGCGAGAGGAGGAUCUUUUGACUGUAAUUCGACGAGAGGAAUUCCUUGGCGCAGUCUUCUGUUUCUGUAUCGAGUUGGUUCUAUGCUCGAACGGUUACGAUCGAGAGUUCCCAUGGAGCGCAAAAUUAUGUGCGUGUCAUCCAUUCAUGUUUCAUAAAGUGAUCGAUUUGAUGAUUAGUCACGAGAAACGACUCAGUCGGCAGAUGAUACAGCAUUUCAGUAAAAUCGAGGAGAGCAUUAUCACCUAUUACGCAUGGAAAUUUGAGAGUCCAAUGUGGCCGAUGAUAGUCAGAUGUCCGUUUACUAAUUUCUCAGAAUUUGGGGAGGAUUGGGCGGAUAAAUUGAACACCUACUCUCCAAUGAAAUUCUCUCCAACCAAGAAACCUGAUGAUGAAGACAUGCGUGAUGAGUUGGGUCGACCAAUCGUGCCGCAGAAUCAAACUUCGAGAACUCUACGAAUCUUUUUGAAGAGAACGUAUUUCACCGCCGCCCGUCGCCUUCAAGAGCUCACGGAUCGUGUUUCAAUGGGAACACGUGGCAAAUCACAGUGCUGGUCACUUUUCGAUUAUCUUCUUCGAAACGACACUCUCGUUUUCAUGGAUCGUCACAUCGAUCAGAUAAUCCUUUGUUGCGUUUUUGUGAUACUUCGAAUCAAUGAAUCACCUAUCACUUUCACGGAAAUACUGGCACAAUAUCGACGACAAUCGACGCAAGCAAUGCAAAUCUAUCGACAUGUUCCGGUGUUUGCUCAGUUGUUGGAUGGGAGCAACCCGUCGGAUCUGAACACGAAAGAGACAAUUUUAGAGCGUCUGGAAGCCCCUCGGAAAUUCACUUGUAAAGUAGAUAUCAUCAAAUUCUACAAUAUCGAAUUUAGAGAUCGCAUAAAAUUCAUUAUCGGACAAAUCGAUAGUGCUCUGGAUGACGAUCUUAUGGAGAUGCCAGUGCCAACGAUUCACGGAUUGACACCUGUACGAGUGUAUUUGACUGACAAGUUAUCGAUUCAAAUGUUGCCAAAGACACAAAAGAAGGAUUCAAAACAAGAGAUGGCUAUAAAUCAUCUAGAACGAACAGGCCGAUCACUGGAAGCCGCUUUGGGACGUAUCACUGAAUAA